AUCUAUAAUGUAUUUCGGUGCCCUCUUCUGGCAUGCAGUGCAGGCAGAACACUGUAUACAUUUAAAAAAAAAUAGCAACUGGAUGUAGCAACACAAGCCUUUAAACCCGGUGCUUGGGAGGCAGAGGUAGGCAUAUCUCUGUGGUCAGCUUGGUCUACAUAAUGAGUUCCGGCCCCAAGCAGAGCUACAUGGUGAGACUCCACAUAAACAAUAAGUAGACAAAUAAAUGGAUGGAUGGCGCUCUAACAGAAUCCAAAUAAAGUCCAGGUAGGCUCACUGCAAGGCAUGAGUUAGGUGCUGCACAGUAAGCAGCUUUGUGACUGCUUCAAGGGAGAAAACUGAGGGACACAGAAGAAGUAGUGUGGCCUGGAGCACAGUACAGAACCAGGACUGAGUCUCACAACUGCUUCCCUGCAGUCUGCCAGGCUUGAAGGGCUGGCAUAACCCACCAGUAGGAAACGGAGACAGGUAGGGUCUCAGCACUGUAAGCUGGAACAAGGAUGCCGAUUGCUCAUCAGCAUCCAUUCCCGUUCUCACCCCAGCCUGCCAUUGGUCAUUACCAAAGCCCAUGCUACAUGAGCCUUUACACCUGAAGUGCGGUAACUUUAGAGGAAAUACGAUGGCACUGCUAAUUUCUGCUGGGCUUGGCCAUCAUUUAGACACACACACACCUGCCCCUAUUGUCCCCACCUUGGUUGGAAGGUAAAAAGCUGAGCUGGGAGGACUUGACAUUUCCUAUGAGUGGGUGAGAUUCAGUUUGCUUCUUAUGGCCUUCGUUAGACCAGGCCCCAUUUGGACUUUAGGCCACACCACCAGGGAAAUGGAGGCAUGGUGGCGCUUACUUUUAAUCCCAGCAUACAGGAGGAAGAGUUACAGGCCAGCCCGGUCUACAGAGUGAGUUCAGGACAGCGGAGCUACUAUGCAGAGAAACCCUGUCUCAAAACAAAACAAAGAACUAGGUUUGAUGAUGCAUGCUUAGAAUCUCCACCUCUGCAGUUCAAGGAUAGUUUUAAGUCCUUUCUCUAUAGCUUUGGAGCCUGUCCUGAAACUAACUCUUGUAGACAGAGAUUUGACUGCCUCUGCUUCCCGAGUGCUGGAAUUAAAGGUGUGCGUCACCACCGCCCGGCUGAGGCCCUAUCUUAAGAAGAAAAAACUUAGCCAGGUGUUGGUGGUGCAUGCCUUUAAUACCAGCAGUCUGGAGGCAGAGGCAGAUGCAAGGUCUACAGAAUGAGUUCCAGGACAAUCAAGGCUACAGAAAAAUCCUGUCUCGAAAAACAAAAAUUGAGAUACCUUGACUUUUUUGUUUCUUUUUUUGUUUUGUUUUGUUUGAACUCACAGAAAUCCACUGCCUCUGCCUCCCAAGGGCAUGUGCCACCACCACCUGACUAUCCUGACAUUUUUAACAUCUGUAUGGACAGUAAUAGUUGUUUUUAACCUUAAAACAAUGCAGAUAGUUUAAGUGGAGAACAACCUGCAAUUGUCCACUGUACUUAAGACACCCCUGAGCCGGACGGUAGUGGCGCACGCCUUUAAUCCCAGCAAUCAGGAGGCAGAGGCAGGCGGAUCUCUGUGAGUUCGAGGCCAGCCUGGUCUACAAGAACUAGUUCCAGGACAGGAACUAAAAGCUAUGGAGAAACCCUGUCUUGAAAAAAAAAAAAAAAAAGACACACCUGUCCCACCCAUUUGUCAAUGAAAUCUGUCCACUAAACCUCAAUAGCCCAUGCAGGGAGGGGUGCUGUGCAGAACCCAAAUGCCCAAGGUCCUGUAGGGGCAAGUUCUCUGAGCUAGGCCUCCUGUGAUACCCAGUGGGUAUACUCAGCUCCUCUUAGAUGGAGCUGUGUAAUGCCAGGAGGGCUCAGAAACAUUAUGCUGUAUAAUUUUUUUGUGCCGUAUAAUUUUAUUUCAUUACUCUAAGGGCAAGGCCAGUAGGUGACCAUAGGUGAGGUCUCUUACAGAUUCUCUGGAUCUAAUUCUCACAACCAGCCAGUGGGGAAAGGCUGAGUUUUAAGGGGUUUCCCAGGAAGCUCUCCCCUGGAAACACCUUUGUUCUAGGGCUCACCUUCCUGGUUAGGUGGCUCCCAAGCCUUCACUGUGCUGCAAGGUAGACCUGGUUGAAUCUUGUGGUAUACCUGUUCCUCCUGAAACAACCACUGAGCUAGUCCCAACUCCAUUACAUAUUAUGGUUAUAUUGGGUUGACCAGUGUAAUCAUAACAAAUUUUUUAUUAUUUAUUUAACUUUAUUUUAUGGGCAUUGGUGUGAAGGUGUCAGAUCCUCUGGAACUGGAUUUUCAGACAGUUGUGAGCUGCCAUGUGGGUGCUGGGAAUUGAACCCGGGUCCUUGGGAAGAGCAGUCAAUGCUCUUAACCGGCGGGCCAUCUCUCCAGCCCAUAACAAAUAUUUUUUGAGGCAGGAUCUAAAUUCCCCAGGUUGGUCUCUCAGCUAUCUUACAGCAGAGACCUCAUCUCUCAAGGCAAUCCAGCUGGUAAGCCGAGUUGACAAACUCCCCACACAACUGCUUGGGAGUUUCAGAUGUUGUACGCCAGCAGCUGGCAGCCAAGGAGGGGGUUCCCAGGAAUCAGCAGAAACUAAACACAUCCAGUUCAGGACUGAAUGAUUAUAUCAUAGUAUAUGGAAACAAAACUAACUCCACAUACAAUUCGAUUUAAAAGCCGUUAACUGCUGCGUGUGGUAGCCCAUGCCCUUAAUCUCAGCAGACAGGAGGAAGAAGCUGGAGGAUAUCUGAGUGAUCUCCAGGCCAGCCGUAGAUAGUUGUUUUCUUUGGUCUGGUUUUGAGACCCUGUUCCCCCAAAACAAACAUUUUUUUUAAAUGUUUAAAAUAAUUUAAAAAGUUAAGCCAUUAACUUAUUUUUUUUUCAUUAACUUAUUUUUAAAAAGCUUUUUUCCCAAAAAUUAAUAUAGGUCAAUUUGUCUAACUGCAGCCUCCAAAUUAAAGGUUGAGUGUGUCCCAUUAUCUCAGAUAGAAACCUCCAUCCUCAUUUGGAGUACCGUUAUCUAAGACUGUUAGUGAGAGGGUAAUCACAUGAUUUACCUCCUCUGAACGCUUGCCCACCCCAUGGGCCUAUUGCCCCCACAAUAUCCCGGGAGCUUAAGGGGGUGUAACAGAGGCCAUACUGGGUCCAACACUGUCUCCCCUGUCUCCCACCGGGAUCGUGUGGAACAGCCACCUAGGCCUUCUACGCCCUAGGGCGACGCUUACAGUGUUGCUUUGGGAACAGCAAGGGCUGUGCACUGACUGUUACCUAGGCGACACACGGAGCAACGAUACCUUCUGGAGCUGAGCGCCAGCUCUAAUUGGUCGGGACACCUCACCAGCCAAUAGAAACCAGGUCCGAUGUGCACAUGCGCAAGGAGGUUAUCCCGCAGUCCGGUCCGCAGUGGGUGAGUCCUUCGGUUGGGGUGCAAACAGAACGGUUGCCAAAUCAAAAUAGGGUACCCCAGGAACUCUGCGGCGGCACCGCGGGCUCAAGGACUGAAACGAGUCUCGCGGGUGAGAGGCCUUGGAAACGCGCUGUCGUGUUUGCUGAGGCUCACGGGAGACGUAGUCCGAGCGGAGGGGGCCGUGCCUGUGGGGCAGGCGCAGGAUUGGCCAAACCGGUCCCUCUUGUCAGCUCCCAAAGACCCUUCAAAACAAGAAUGUCUUCUCCUCUGGGUCCCUCACACGGAUCCCUCAGGGACUCCAACACCACCACUGAGGAGCCUGAGGCUGCACGACUCCGAUUCCGGGGUUUCUGCUAUGAGGAGGUAGAGGGGCCCCGAGAGGCGCUGUCCCGGCUUCGAGAGUUCUGUCACCAAUGGCUGCACCCUGAGUCAUGCUCUAAAGAGCAGAUGAUAGAGCUGCUGGUUUUGGAGCAGUUCCUUGGUGUGUUGCCCUCUGAGAUCCAGGCCUGGGUGCGAGGGCAGCAGCCAAGAAGCCCUGAGGAGGCUGCAGCCCUGGUUGAGGAGCUGCAGCAUGAUCCUGGGCAGCUGCUGAGCUGGAUCACAGCCCACAUCCUGAAGCCAAAGGUGCUUCUUACAGUCCAGAAGACAAAGGAGUCUUCAGAGAGCCACCACCUCUCAGUAGCAACGGAGUCCUCUGAGGCAGGCCCUGCAGGGGCGGCACAGGAUGCGGGGUUAGACAGAGCUACCCAGAUCAAUUGCGGUGUGAAGGAGGAAGCCAAUGCUGAUGGACAGGAGAUGGUAUCCCCAAGCCCUCUCUUUCCAGCCCAGAAGCCUGAGGGACAUCUUGGACACCAGGAACCAGCCUCCACAGCCUUCCAUCCAGGAAGGAUCCAGAAGGAGUGGGGCCUGUUGGACUCAUCACAAAAAGAGCUGUGCUGGGGUGUGAUGCUGGAGAAGUACGGCACAGUGGUGUCCCAGGCAAGCCUGCCGCUGUUAGAGCCAGAUGUGCAAAUUCAGUCUGAGCUGAGGCCAGCUCAUGCCGCAGGACCGGAGUCCCUCAGGAGCCAUCUCCCAGAAGUAGGAGCCAUUGCAGGUCCAGGGCUUGUUCAAGCCUGCACAUCCUCUCCAAGUGAUGAGACCCAGAGCCCUUGCAAGGACCCUUCAGCCUUAUCUCCCUCACCACUGCUGGAAGCCCCUGCUAGGCCUGCACCUCGGAAGCUGUAUACUUGUGAGCAGUGUGGCCUCAGCUUCGAUUGGAAGUCUGUUUUCGUCAUCCACCAUCGCACACACCUGGGUGGGUCAGGCCUGGAAAGGCCACCACAGGUGCACCGGGAGCCAGCCAUUGGGCACUCCACUGGCCUUCGGGGCUAUGCAUGCGUGGAGUGCGGGCGCAGCUUCAGCUGGAAGUCACAGAUGGUCAUCCACCGCAAGAGUCAUGCAGGCCGGGCUGGAGAGAUGGCUCAGAGGUUAAGAGCAUUGCCUGCUCUUCCAAAGGUCCUGAGUUCAAUUCCCAGCAACCACAUGGUGGCUCACAACCAUCUGUAAUGAGGUCUGGUGCCCUCUGCUGGCCUGCAGGCAUACACACAGACAGAAUAUUGUGUACAUGAUAAAUAAAUAAAUAAUUAAACAAAUAAAUAAAUAAAAAGAGUCAUGCAGGCCAGCGGCGCCAUUCCUGCCGGGACUGUGGGUGCAGUUUUGACUGGAAGUUUCAGCUGAUCAUUCAUAGGUCCCAAGGUGAGUCUGCUCCUAAUGCGGCACUCCAGGCAUCUCCUCCAGCCAAGAGAAGGGCUCUGGGGCACCCCAAGUGAGUCAGGAAC